ACGAGUUCCUCUAAGCGACACUCCUAGGCGAAUGGAAAGAGUUGAGCAUAAUGGAUAGUGUAUUAAUAAAUGCAGACUGAACUGUGUCACUGAUGCUUGUGGAUGUCCUGUGUAAGGAUAUCUGGGUUUCAAUUUUCUUUGGAUCAAUGCAACAUGAGGAGAGUCGUCAGAAGCGUGUCCAACGAUGAUGACGACGAAUACAACGGUUCAGAUAUGCAAAUGUCAGAUUCAGGCUCUGACGCGGAAAUGGAGGUCGAUCAGAACUCCUCCGUCUCCGCCUAAGCAGCCCCGUCUUAAGAUCAAACUCAAGCUACCGAGCGUGCCUAGCACUGAAGAUACUGGAUCACGUGGGCGUUCUGGUGAUAUCGACGUAGAGUCAGAAGAUGAAGAUGACGAAGGGGAGGCGGUGGGUUCCACGCGCCCGAUGACUUCCCGCCAGGCGGUUCUCGCAAGUGUUGUAGGCUCUUCGCAUGUAUCUCUAUCCACUGGCGAAUCCUCUCGAAAAAAGAAACAACUUACAGAGAGCGAGCUCGCACUUCGACGCGAAGAGACGGCACGAAAACGUCGCAAUCUCACGGAGAAAAAGCUCGAGGACGAGAAGGCAGAAACUAUCAACCGCCUCCUCAAAAAGCAGUCAAAGUCUAAAGCCAAGCGCAGCGCUCUCUCCACCGCAGAGGCCAGUGCAUCCGAAGGUGAACGUGAGGUCGAGCAAGAGGAGAAGGAGGUCGUCCUACCGACUACUUGGCGGAGGAUGUCGCUCAGGGAAAGAUGCGCCUCACAUUAGGCGUGCCCAUUUCUGUCCUUUCCGGCACUGUGCUGGCGCCACAGCCACCUCUGCCAAAAGAGAAACCACAGUGUGACGUCCCUGGAUGCACCGAAACACGGAAAUACCGCUUAGUACGCGACUGGGUCCGCGGGGCAUGUGGUCUCACG